UGGAGCGACAAGUAUCGCAGGUUUUUUUUCCAAAGUUACUAUCUUUUGAAUUGGGAAAGAAGUGACACUGAUCACCUGUUUUUGGAAGACCUUAAAGUCGACCCUGAAAGCCAUGGGAGUGGAGUUCUCGAAGUCAAUGCCGCCCAGCGCUGCAGAGCUGAUGAAGACACUAUGUGCUGGCCAGCCUAACCUUGAAGCGCUCCGGGGACUAGACCUCGACAUAGAGAAUUUAGCUUUGGAGGGAGGUGGCGCCAAAGGAAUAUCCUAUAUCGGUGUGUUGUUGGCGCUAGAAGCUGCGGGCCUGCUGUCGAAGACAAAGCGAUUCGCUGGUUCCAGCUAUGGGGGCAUUAUUGCCGCCAACUUGGCAAUGGGAGCUUCACUUGAAGUCAUGACCAAAGGCGUUUUUUCCAACUCUAGUGGAGGUAUCUUUGGUCUUAUAAAGCUUCUGAUGAGUAUUCCAGGUCUUAUGAAAAACUAUGGGCUUGAUAAAAUGACGGAAUUUGAAGAAAUGUCAAAACUUACUGUGAAGACAUUGACAGGAAGCGAGGACACUACAUUCAUCCAGCUUUAUAAGAAGAGAGGGGUCGAGUUAUGCCUGACUGGAACGAACGUCAACAAGCGCUGCGUGGAAUACUUUCAUCCAAAAACCACGCCCAACAUGACAAUUGUUAAGGCCCUCAGAAUAACUGUUUCCUUCCCAGUUGUAAUUGCGCCUGUUCAUUUGAGAUCCGGUGAUGUUGAUCACUUGAUGGUGGACGGAGGGUUGGCCGAUAACUUCCCUCUGCACGUGUUCGACGGAUGGUACCUGAGCAUGGAACAACGACACUCAUUCUUCCGCAUGGUCAACUCAAAGGAACCUCCAUUUCAUGGAUCGAAUCUUAAGACUAUCGGGGCAGUAGUGUUCGACGUCUCUGAUUAUGAAGCAAACGAAGCAGAGCUCAUGGCCCGGUAUGGAAACGAUAUCAUUGAGAGACCGGACACGUGCCUUGUAAGAAUAAAGAAGAGAAGUGUAGACGAAGCUCAGGAAAGGAAGACCCGCAAACUAAAGCUUGGGGCAGCGUGUGAGGAUCUCCUGGAAUCUCUCUCUGCUAGCGAUGGUGACCGCAAUGGAUUCAUUAGCAAAGACGAGUUCAGAGUGGCCAUGAAAAAGCCCUCUAAAGAAACCAUCGAUCUCCUAUUCGGUGCAGGCUUCAACCUCGAAACUGCUUUCGAUGAGAUAGAUGCAUCUGGAGACGGAAAGAUAAGCAUUGAUGAGUUUCUCCAAUUCACUGAGAGCAAAGGACAUCGCCACGACUUUCACCUAACAACUUCCCGUAUCGCCAUCGACAUCAAUAACUUUCCUGAGUUCCUCGGUGCAAUUGUUAACCUGAAUGGUAGUGUUGCGGCCGACCUCAUCGCUAAGGAAGGUGACCUAAACAGGACCAUCGGUGUCUACACAGAUUAUGUCGGUACAGGAAAUAUGAAUUGCGAGAUGGAGGACAUUAUCUUUUUGAUCAAGCAAGGCUGGAAUGCAACCAUGAAGUUUUUGGAGACGAAGGCCGGAGAACAAAAAUGAGACGAUACACGAAAUUCAAGAAUAUCCGAUUUGCCUCGCAUUAUCAUGUAACCUAACACAUCCAGAAUUGAAAAAAAGAGAAAAACUUACACCUGAGCAUCCUUCGGUGAUGGGCCCUGGCGGGUGGUUGGAGCCGAUA